AUGUCUCUUGAUCAUAUCCUCUUGAUCCUUAGGUAAGUAGAAUGGUUUAUUAUAAGAACUCGCCCUCAACAGGUUACUUUCACUAUACCUUUACAGCUUGCGUCAACUGGUUCUGGUACUUCUUGAGAACGCCAUCUUUCUUAUCUAACCGCUCUUGGAGAUCUUUCACAGUCUUGUGCACAAGCUUGAGAGCUUCUGUGUCACGCUCGCAAGCAUCCUCCAGUAGACGCCCGCCGCUGGUGACAACAGUUGGGAGGCGGAUUCGCAGCUCAUUGAUAACUUUGUCUCUGGAAACCACAUUCUGUUCAGACUUUCGCAAAGCCGCUUCUUUCUCUUUCAGUUUCUGUGUUUAAGAGAAUUAAUGCCCGUCAUACGUUGUGUGAUUGUAAGCAACACAAAAUGAAAUAAUACUAUACCUCAUUCAAACGGUUGCAAGCUUCCUGCGAGUCUGAGACAGCUUCAGCUUGCUCGCUGAUUUUUUUCAAGGCAAGCUCGAGUUGUUGAGUGAGAGGAAGAUUUGUGUCUGGAAAGUAGCUGGUGGCAUCUUUUACCUAGAAUCAACCAAUCUUAGCUCAUGAAAGACUUAAUGUUAUUUAAAAACGAAAAUCAAAUUUUUGUUCUUAAUUACUGUAUCUUUGGACUAUAAGUCGCACCUGAGUGUAAGUGGCACCAGCCAAAAAAUGCGCAAUGAAAAUGAAAUAAACAUAUAUAAGUCGCACCUUAGUAUAAGUUGCAUUUUUUGGGGAAAAUUUAUUUGAUAGAAUCCUGCACCAAGAACAGACAUCUCAUCUUGAAAGGCAAUUUAAAAUAAAAAUACAAUGGAGAACAACAUGCUGAAUAAGUGUACAGUAUGCUAACAUUACAUGACGCUAGAAGUUAGAUCGGACCUAAAAAAUUCAGCCUCACCCGACCGGCCUGCGGGUAAUAAAGCCCAACCCGCCGAUUAAUUAACUUGAUUUACAGGCCUGAGCCCGAAUAAAACCCGAAAUUUUAUGUUUUAUUUGUAGGCACGAGCCCGAAUAAACCCUUUUGUUUUUCACUCCUAGCUGCUGCAUAUCGAAAAAUAAAUACCAGGAUAGGCUCGCGGAGGGCGCCAGGGCGGUAGGGGAAGAUUGAAAAGAGAGAGGGGCCACGGCGUUCACGUGCGCAGGUAUGCAUAGCGCCUUCUCUGUUUUAUCCAAAUUAUUUAUUUUAGUUAACAUCCAUACAUCGUUUUAGUAUAAAUAUAUGAAUAUAUUUAUUUUUAAAAAAAGUUAGCGAGAGAGAAGUCCGGCCUGACCCGACCGUAAAUAAUCACACAUAAGUCGCUCCAGAGUAUAAGACGCACCCACUGCCAAACUAUGGGAAAAAAACUGCGACUUAUAGUCCGAAAAAUACGGUACCCUUUUCUUUUUUGCUUCUAGAGAAGGCAAAUUACAUUGACAUUAUUGAAAAUAAGUUUUGCUUUUGUUUCCUUAGCUACAGUUAAUUUCAUUAAUAAAUACAAUUCCAUUGUUUGUUUUUUUUUUUCUAAAAUAAACCUUGUCAGAGAUUCCCAGUAACUCCUUCUGGUGGCUCUCGUGCUGAUCUAGCUGAUGUUCCAAUUCCAACUCUCGCUGAUCCCAUGCAAGUUGUCGCUCUUCUUGAAUCUUGACAAAAAAAGAAUUUUGACACAAAAUUGACUAAAAAUAAAAGAUUAUAUUUUCCUUUGACUCUCACCGUAUUUAGCUGCACAAUCUCCUCUUCCAGUGAGUGAAUGUUUCUUUCCUGCUCCUCAAGCAAUUUCUUAAGGUACAGGAUCUCCUCCUUCUGAACAACCACCUCCCUACUUUUCCUCAGCUCCUGCAAAUGAGCUUCUUCCAACUUCUUGUGCCACUCGCGUACCUGUGUGAAUGACACCUGUUUAAGUUACACUUGAAUGAGUUGUAAACAAAUGAACCACUGACCAUCUGCUAUGCCAGGCACCUGUCUGAUGUGACCACCUUCAAAACAAAAAAAUAUCAUCGGUGGAGAUACGCUUUCACAUUGACACACAUGGCAAGGCUUGGAGGAAAACCAACCUUCUGGGCCCCUUUGACAUCCUUCAGUGUAGCACAGAGCUCUUCUAGGCCUUGGAGCCUCAACUCCAGCUCCUCGGCCCGGCCCUCUGCCCUCCUGCGUUCCUCCUCUGCCUUCCUCCUCUCCUGGCAAGCCUUUGCACGCUCUUCCUGGAGACCCACCAGGGUGGAUGAGAACUUCUCCUGUUGCUGCAAUGGCAGUGCGCCGGCAAAUUGCCGGCGCAGAGAUUGCACCGUCUGGCGCAGGCGUCUGCACCGGUUGCCACCCUCCUGACGGGCCAGGUACAGCGCCUGCUCACUGGCAUCCAGACGCUGCUCGGUGCGCCGCAAAAGCGCCUCCAGCUGACGGAUGUGGGCAGCAGAAGCAGCUAGUUUGGCCAGGGCGUCUGACUCGCUGAGUUGCUGUGCCACAAUGUGCUGGUGGAGCUUGGCUACCAGGGCCUUUUCGUCAGAUUGAGACUGACGACAAAAGAGAGAGUUGACAUGAGAUUUUUUUGGACCUCAUUUUAGCAUAAUCCCAAUGAUUAUGGUAACUGUUGGACGUUUCUGACAGAAUGGCAUUUGUUGAAGAAGAUUGUGUGAAUUAUGGCUGUGCUAUUAUUUUACAUAAGCAGAGUGCUGUCUAAUUUAGCAAUUUGGUCUCUGUUUAGCUGAUUAUCUUUUGACUAUUAAAAAAACCUACAAAACUCAUCACAAAGAAACAACUUUAAUUUGCAGAUGACAAAAAGAACAUGAAUAGUUUUUUUCCCCCCCAGGAGUUCAAAGCACAAAGCUCAUUCUCGCUGACAUGUACCUUUUAGAGGGUGACAAAUAAAAACAGAGUUUAUAAAACACAGUCAGUGCUGAAUUAGGUGCCCGUAUUUAGCGAAGCUGGCAAUCCUUCAAACAUUUUUGUUUAAAAAGGGAAUUUAUCGAAUUGUUGGAAAAGCUUUGACCUGAGGGCACAUUGAUUACGACAAACCUGAAGAAGACGAAUGGUGUACUCGUUUAAGGAGUUGAUGACCUCCAUAUUGCUCGGCUCCAGACCUUCGGGGAGACUCAAAGGUUUGAAAAGGGCUCCACCGAUGAUAUUGCCAGACUUCCUCAGGUCUUCCAACUCGCCCACAAGACCCCGCGAAUUGGCCAGCUUUCUUUUUGAAAGAAAGAAGAAAAAAGAAGUCAUGUGCUAAAGCAAAAAGCAAUCCUAAUGACAAAGAUUUUAACCUCCUACGACCUGGCGUCCACAUGUGUGGACAUCACAUUUUUGGUUGUCAAGACUACAAUGUUAAAUUUUGGACUACAAGGGCCUGGCGUCCACUUAUGAGGACGUUAAGCUUCCACCUAGUGGUGGAAGAAGAGUGUAACAAAGCACAUGUCAAAUUCAAGAUGGCUGACAACCCACCCAAACAUUCUGAUGGCUCCUCCCAAUCCAAAAGUCGACCAGAGCGUUAUUCUCUGCAACAAGUAAUGAAAAUGCUGGGGUUAAUUGGUGGAGAAAACUCUGAGGUGGAGGAUUUAUCAGAUAUCGAUGAUCCUGUGGGAGAUGCUGAAUAUCAACCUCCUCCCACCAGCAGUGAAGAAGACAGUAGUGGGUGUGAGGACCCCGUGCCACAGCCCUGUCAGCCUAUCAGGGGACGCAAACGUUUGCGCAAGGAAUACGAGGGAUAUCGGUCAGAUCGUGACAUUGCCACAUCACGCACCCCCAGGCAUCGCUCUCAGACACCGCAGGAAGAGGCUGAUGUCUCAGGCAAUGUCUCUGAAGAUACAACACCAGGACCCAGCCAUGAAGAACAGAACAACAAAGGGCGUGGAAUGCGAUGGAAGGCUUCUUCGCUUACCCCACAUCAACCUCCGUUUGACCACGAGGAGGAAACUGUUCAUGACAGAGAAGGCUGGACCCCCCUGGACUACAUACAACAGUAUAUUGACACAGAUUUGAUAAAAAUCAUUGCAGAUUGCUCAAAUGCUACAUCACUGUCUAGAAGUGGAGAUCCACUCAACACAACAGCUGAUGAAAUUUUUCAUUUUUUUGGUGCCUGUAUUUUGAUGUCUUGUGUACCAUAUCCUGCAAUCAAGAUGUAUUGGUCUAAAUCCUUGAGAUUCCCUGCCAUCACUGAAAAGUUCACACGUGAUAGAUUCUUCCGACUGAGGAGGUCACUCAAAGUGCUCAUUGAUGAGGAUGUUCCAGAAGAUCUGAAAGAGUGUGACAAGUUCUGGAAGGUGAGGCCUUUUCUCAACCGCAUUCUGAAAGGCUGCAAAUCUCAGGCUCGGCCACAGUGCGUUUCCAUUGAUGAACAGAUGAUUCCAUUCACAGGAGCUUGUCCAUGUCGACAAUAUCUGCCGAUGAAACCAAACCCAGUUGGCAUCAAAAACUUUGUUUGCGCAACAUCAGAUGGUAUAGUACUGGACUUUGAGAUUUAUCAAGGUGCAGAUGGACUCCGUGAACAAGUUGAAGAACCAGGGAAUCUGGGUUUGGGAGGCUUGGUGAUCGAUCGUCUGUCUCAGACUCUGCAUACUAAUACAAAUGUGUACUGCGAUCGAUUCUUCACAUCGAUCCAGGCAGUGGAACACAUGAUGAAGAAGCAUCUGUAUAUAACUGGUACAGUUAUGAGGAAUCGAGUUGCUGCUGCAGCGCAGAAAUUGCCAAGUGACAAGACCAUGAAAAAAAAUGGAAGAGGAACCUCAGUACAAGUUACCAAUCUGGAUGGAAACAUUUAUGUCACCAAGUGGUUUGACAAUAAACCAGUGUUGAUGAUGUCUACUGUACAUGCGAGAGAGCCAGAAGACACGUGCCAGCGAUGGGACAAGAAACUGAAACGGCAUGUGACCAUCUCUCGACCAUUUGUUAUCCGUGAAUACAACUCCAAGAUGGGUGGAGUUGACCUUGUGGAUAGAAUGAUGAGCUACUAUCGAAUGAGUGUCCGUACAAAAAAAUGGACACUGCGGAUGCUGAUGCACUUUACCGAUCUGGCUUUAGCCAACAGCUGGCUACUGUACCGCAAAGACCUCACUCUGAAUGACACACCAAAGAAAAACAUCAUGCAGUUCCUUCAAUUCCGCAUGGAAGUGGCCAUGACCUUCUUGGCUCAGAGAGACAAUGACAACUCUGACUUUCCAGAGCAGGAAGAUGACACACAAGUUUCAGUCCAAGGGAAAUUGCGUCCAGUGCAGGAAGUGCCCCACAUCUCAUUCCGCAGAAAGGGUAAUGCACAUCUGCCAGAAGUGGUACACUCAAAGAACGCAUCACGAUGCAGAGCAAAAGGAUGCUCAGGGAAAACUCGAGUGCAGUGUGUUACAUGCAAGGUGUUCCUCUGCUUACAGGCAGAUCGCAACUGUUACGCUGCCUUUCAUACAUAGGCAUGAACAUUUUCCCAAGGCAAAAAAAUGUUGGAGCAUUUUGGUGUGCAAGUUUCAUGUUUUAUGCCAUGUUCAGAAAUUGAAAUGAACAGUUCAACAGUAGCAAUGAAAAACAUUUUUGAAGUGUACUUGUUUUUCUUUUUUGUCCUGCUGCAACUGUUAGCAGCACUUCAUAGGACUUGCAUAAAGGGGCACAAGUUGUUGCUUUGAAUUUUGUUUUUGCACUCGGAAAAACUGCUGCCAUGUUCAGGCAACAAAUAAAGUUUUGUACAUCAUUACUCAAUUGUGACGUUAUUGUGUUCACUCAAAUUUAAAACGAAUGUCCUCAUAUGUGGACAUCAUUUUUCUCAGAAACCACAUCAUGUAAAAAGAUAAUUCUUUGUUUUUACACUCAUCAGGUCCCAAUUAGCCUAAAUAUCAAAGAGAAAAUAAAAAUGUAUGCCUUGCAAGAGUCCGGGUCUUAGGAGGUUAACAUGUAUUUUACAAAUUAUCAAUCAUCAUCAAUCUUUUUUCUUUCUUUCUAAUGAACAUUUUUCUAAGCUUUAUUGAUGGUUUUUCUCAAGUAAAAGCACCACGCAGAAAUUAAUAAAUUUAAUUGUGUAGCAGGAUUUGUGUAUUAUUCGUAUUAAUUAAUUACAGGUGUUUUAGCUCAUUACAAUUUAUUUUAUUUAUAUGGGCUACUAUUUAUUUUAUCAUGUA